AAUGUUGUGUUUUUGUGGCUAAAGAUAAGUGAUAUCACUGACCUCUUACGGCUUGUCCGAAGAUUUUCAGCUGGAUAGACUGAAGGGAAGAAGCUGCUGACAAGGUGUUGGAUGUGGAUCCAGGAGAACCAGGAACUGGGGAACCAGCUUUUAGGGACACAUGACCCAAAUGGAGGCUGAAUAAGCCUCGCAGACAAAGACACUCGGAUGAGCUCAAGAACCACCAGGGUGGAAACGCUGCAUCCCUUCGGCCAUUUCCAUCUAGGAAGCAGGCAGUGUGGUGGGGGAGUUAAAGUGACACAGCUAUAUUAUGUGAAAGUAAAGCGGAGCAGCUCACAGGGGUGAGAUCUUUAAAUGGGGAGUCGCCUUUUUAUAGACGAGACUCAUUGAGGAUCAGAUUCUCUCCAGACCUCCAUAACCUUAAAGGAGACUGAAGUAAAUUUCCUUUGUGGAUAGCAUUGCCUUAAAUUAUCUCCAGCCCACUGGACAAGGGAAUAACUGGAUGCUUCUUGUUUUUAACUCGCUUGGUUCUGAAGGCACAGAUGGACAAGCAGCUGAUGCAGGAGGCAGUCCCCUGCACAGCUCUCUAACAGUUAGACCCCGAAGGCAUCUUGAAAUAGAAAUUCAAAAGGGGAGGAGGAGAAAGGAGGGGAGAAAGGAGGGGGGUUUUGAGUGUGAGCAUUGGUAUGCCAGGCUCAAUACCUACGAUGGCUGUGCAGAAGAAGCAGAGUGUCAUCCCUCCAUCGCAGGGACCACUUUCUUCACGUACAAUCGACAGCCAAAGGAAGAGGAAUGGAUCUGGAAGAGCAUCAGAGAAUGGCUCUUGUAUCAAACCAAAUACGCAGGCCAAGAAAGCAGCCUGUCCUGUUCACAAGCCUGCCCAAAUCUCCAACUCAGUUUCUCCAAGGGCCACUGCAGUGGCUAAUGGACAAAAUAUUGACGAGAGGCUGAAAGCAGCACGAGAGAGACGAGAAGAGCAAGAGAAGUUACUUGCCUCUCGGGAGCUGAGCAGGUUGGAGCGGGAGCAACGGGCCAGGCUCUACUAUGAACAACAGCUGCAGGAGCGCAAGAACAAACUCCUGGAGCAGCGGUACAAAGAGGAGACGAGGCGUGCCGCUGUGGAGGAGAAGCGCAAGCAGAGACUGAAGGAGGAGAAAGAGCGGCAUGAAUCUGCUGUGCGCAAAACAAUAGAGAAGAGCCAAAGGGCCCAACAGAAUCUCAGUCAAAACUCAAGAGGAAGGAAAGCCACCAAGAAUAUUCCACGUCGCUUACCACUGACACCAUGGGAGAAGAACUUGGUCAGUCGCCUCCUUACCCCCACUUGCUCUUAUCUGGCCAGGAGCAAGAGCGCUGGCUGUGAGUCAGGAGAAGAAGUUUCAUUCCACUCCAUGAAUACCACCAACACCACCACCACCACCACCACCACCACCCCUCUCAAACCCCAGCAGCACUCUGGUUUGGUCCAACAGAGGCCAUAUGCCUCCCCCAGUCCCAACAACAGAAGCAUCAAUCUGGCGCAGAUCAAAGCAACAAAACAGCAAGAUGCCAAUAAGAAAAAGUCAAACAGGGGCUCAAAUAUCAGAUCACCUGGCGUCAAAACCAGCAUGAAACCAGCCACAGUCACAAAAAGCAGAACACCCUCCCCCUCACCAGAACGGAGUUCCCGCAGAUCAAUUAGCAGACAUUCAACCCCGCUGCAGCUCGAGCUCCCGUCGGUCCCUGAGGAAGAUGUUGCUGUUUGUAGUUCAGCCCUCGCUCCUGGUAACUCACGGCCUGUCAGGACAUCAGCUGGAGGUCAGAAAGAGAAAAUGAGGGCUGGAAAUGCACCAGAGACUCCGUGCUUGAACCUGCCAGAGACACAAAUGGAGGCUAUAACCAGAACAACGAGAGAUGAAAGUCCUUCCCAGAUGCCUCCUCAUCCAGCUCCAAAGCCUCCUGAAGUUGUGAGCAGGCCCUCGGCUGGUACUACAGACCGAGAGGAGGCCUCUCGUCUCCUGGCUGAAAAGAGGAGAGAGGCCCGACUACAACGGGAGAGAGAGGAGCAGGAGCGUCUGCAGAGAGAGGAGGCAGAAAGGCGGAGUCGUGAAGAACUGGAGCGCAGGAGGGCAGAGGAGCGAGCGCGACAGCAGGCCGAGGCUCAGCAUCUCAUAGAGGAGAAGAGGAGACGGGAGGAGGAGGAGCAGAGACGAGCGGAGGAAGAGAGAGCUCAGGCCAUGAGGGAAGCCGCCCUUCUGCAGAAACAGAGAGAAGAGGAGCAAGCCAAAGAAAUGGCGAAAGCCGAGCAGAUCAAACAAGAGCGAGAAAUCCUUGCACAAAAAGAAGAUGCAGAGCGCCAAGCAAGAAAAAAGCGACUUGAGGAGAUCAUGCGGAGAACCAGAAGGACAGAUUCUCCAGAUACGAAGUCUGUACCAGCGAGGAUCUUGCCAAAAGAAGCCCAACCAAAGGAAAACACAGAGCCUGUGCACAAUGGCACUAUAGAGGAUGCUGUCAAGCUGCCAGUGGGAACUAAGUCCUCACAGCUGGGGCUGAAGAAUGAGGAGGACAUGGUGCCUGUUGUGGCCUUCAAAGAACGCAGGUCUCUCAGAACACUCACAGGCCUGGAGGAAAUCCAGACCCACCAACGAGCAGAGGUCAUCUGAACACCUUCAAAGUGGGCAAAGACUUUGAUGGAGAGCUGUGAUUUCUCUGCAAAAGAUGGGAAUUCCUGCAGUACAGCCAGUUUGCUGCCCAUCCUCAGCACUUUGAACGAGCAUGUAAAAUCCCAGCCUCGCCUCACUGAGGUCGUCUGCAUUUGGUCACUUCUCUGUGUGUAACCAGUGGCACAUGUAUUGGGCAAGUUAGAUAUUAAUUUCUUCAGUACAACAGGUUUCUGAAGUAAUAAUGACUAGCCAAAAAAAAACUGUAGAUGUAGACAGUGGUAAUGAUAGCUUGCUGGCAAUUGCAGUUUAUAUCAGUUAUGGACAGUGAUGCCUCUGUGAAAUACUAGGAAUAGCCAUCCAAACAGUCACAUAUGUUAGCCAUAUGCUUUUUGCUUAUUCCUGAUAUUUCUUGCUACCUAAGCACUUUUUCCUUCCUCAGUUUUGUCACUGUGGAAUUAAGACUGGCUCAAGUCGCUGUUUUGUGCAACACAAGAGUUUAGGGUGUUAGUGAAAGUUCAUUUUCUAUAUCAAUUCCUAUCUUACCCUUUGAUUUUGUGAAGUAUAGCAAUCACAUAUUUCAAAGCUGCUAAGGAACUUAGUUUUCCAAAGACUUUGCUUCAGUUUUGUGAGUGCUGUUUUAGAAAAUACGAUGCACAAAGCGUUUAUUGCACUGCCAGUUGCUUUGUUUGAUAUUGCGCAAUCACUUUACAAAGCAGACUUUGAGACGUAGAGGUUAAGUGAGUUUAUUAUAAUAAAAGCGUAUAAAAACAAAUGUAUCUGAUCAUCAAUAUUUGAUCUUAUAAUUUAAGUAUUGCUCACAACUAUCACUUGUUAACCUGUUGAGAAGUUAAGAUAUGCCAUAUUUGAUUAAAGUUGAUACUAUGCUGCG